AUGCGGAAAGUCUUCCACAUCGCCUAUGCGAAGAGUGGGACGUGUCUCAAGGAUGCCGGGGCCGAAUCCGAAACUGUACCUUUCCCGAUUUUAACCGAUUUUCUUCCCAGCGGUGGUGGUCCCGAAUCCGAGAGCACUCAUUUGUGGCGACUUGUUGCGCUGAUGGCUCGUGGGCCAGCAGCAGCGGCCAACCUCACGUCGAUCGGUGACAAACAGUUCAGCAAGUUCGCAAGACCAGCCAUGGAGCUUCUUAUCAGCCAAUGGGAAGAAAGCACCAUCUCCAAUAACCCCAAGAAGUCCACAUACCAAGUGGUGUCUAUCGACCAAAAUGGCAUUAACACUCUGAAGAAGAGCGGCCACAAUCUCAGCAAAAAGCGACGAGGUGACUCUCUUAAACGGUGGGGUUCGAAUUGGCCGUCAAGGCUGGAUCCAGAAAGGAAAGAAAGGGCCCUCUUUCGUGAAUAUGCAAGGUCAAGUAGCUAA